AUGCCUCCUGACGGAUUCCAGUUAGAGAAGGAGGAGUCCUGUUCCACUCUUCAGAAAGAUUCCCUCCAGAGUGGUGACAAGCAAGAGGAUGAGCCGCAAUACCCUGGCAAAUUAAAGCUCGUCUUCAUCGUCCUAAGUUUGAAUUUGGCUAUGUUUCUGGUUGGCCUUGAUAACACCAUCAUUUCAAGCGCUAUUCCUAGGAUCACGGAUCAAUUCCACGCCCUUGGCGACGUCGGCUGGUAUGCCAGCGCCUACCUCCUCACCAACUGCGCCUUUCAAUUGAUCUGGGGAAAGCUCUUCACCUUCUAUGUCAUUAAAUGGGUCUACCUCACUGCCCUUAUCAUCUUUGAAUUAGGGUCUUUAAUCUGUGCAGUGGCGCCAAACUCGACUACUCUGAUCGUUGGCCGCGCCAUUGCGGGUAUUGGUGGUGGAGGAGUUGGCAAUGGUUCCUUCUUGCUCAUCGCUCACUGCGUGCCGCCACACCAGCGUCCAACUUUCGUUGGUAUGAUAGGUGCCAUGUACGGCUUCGCGGCCAUUGCAGGCCCUCUGAUGGGCGGUGCCUUCACCGAUAACGUCUCCUGGAGAUGGUGCUUCUACAUCAACCUGCCCCUCGGCGUUGUCCCCGCUCUCAUCAUCACCUUCUUCAUCUCCCCCUUCCGCGGUAGCAAGAAGAGUGAGGUUGGCUUCAUGAAUCAGCUCAAGCAAAUGGAUCUUCCAGGAACCCUGUGCCUGUUGCCCGGUGUCAUCUGUCUGCUGCUCGCCCUGCAGUGGGGUGGCUCGAUGUACCCCUGGAAAAACGGUCGGAUCAUUGCUCUCUUCGUGCUCGCCGGCCUUCUUUUCAUCGGUUUUGUUGUCAUUCAGUAUAACAGCGGAGAUCGUGCGACAGUUCCAGGACGUGUAUUCAGCAAUCGCAAUGUCUGGGGGUCUGCGCUGUUUGGCUCCUGUGUGACAGCUGGGUUCUUCUUGAUGAUGUACUACAUCCCAAUCUGGCUCCAAGCAAUCAAAGGCGCCAGCGCAAUCAAGUCCGGUGUCAUGAACCUGCCCAUGGUGAUAAGCUACGUCAUGUUCUCCUUCAUGAGCGGCGCCCUCACCUCCGUGAUCGGGUAUUACAUUCCCUUCGCCUACUUCACCGUUAUCUUCAUGUCGAUCGGCAGCGGUCUCCUCUCCACCCUCGGAGUGGACGCUGGCCACGCCAAAUGGAUCGGCUACCAAGUCAUCUUCGGUGCCGGCGUUGGCACCGGCCUACAGACCGCAUUUGCCGCCCCCCAAUGCGUCUUAGCACUCGAAGACAUCCCUAUCGGCACCGCCGUGGUCAUCUUUACGGAAAACCUGUCAGCUGCGGUCUUCGUCUCGGUAGCACAGAACGUGUUUUCCAACCAGCUCCGGACAAAUAUUGCCGCGUAUGUGCCCGAAGUUGAUGCAAGCGCGAUCUUGGCAGGCGGUGCGACCGAUGUCAAGAGCUUGGUACCACAGGCCCUUUACCAGGGCGUUCUCUUCGCCUAUAACAAGGCCUUGGAUCAAACCUUUUAUGUUGGAGUUGCUCUAUCCUGCUGUGCGGUGUUUGGCACCCUUGGGAUGCAAUGGGUGUCAGUGCGGAAGAAGGAAGAAAAUACACAAUCUGAGUAG